AUGUAAUCAUAGUAACUUGUAAAAUAGAAUACAGAGAAAAAAGAAACCUAGUAAAAUUUAGAAUAAGUAUUAGAAUCCAAGAAUAUUGAAUCUAAUCUAAAUUCCUAGAAAAUAUCUUAAAGUCCUAGACCAAACCCAGUUAAAAAACUUUCAAAAAGAGAAAAGAUAAGGUAGGAGCUGGUAGAACAGAUAAAAUAGAUAUUUGAGACAAGAACAACAGCUACAGUUAUUGGAGACUAUAAGGAUAAAAAUAUGGUACUUAGAAAAAGAAUUAUUGAUGAAGAUGGACCUUAGUAAAUUACUAUAGAGCAAGAGGUAAUAGGAGUCACUCCUUACUAAUAUAUCCAAACAAUGAGAGAAAUUACAAAGACAUAAGUAGAGUGGAAUCAGCAUUUGAAAUCAUGUGAACUAUUCAAGAAGGACGGCGAUUUUGACAUUGUUAUAUCAUUUUUCAAGUCACCAGCUCUCUUUGUUGCAGCAAGAAUUGUAAUGGAUGCUGCAUAUUACAUCGAUUAUCCAGAGAAAAAUGAAUAUAUGUGCUUGUUUUCUAGUAAGGGUAAUGAUGAUUACUGGGAGGAGUAUCUCUAAUAUAAUGACAUCGGCGAUUAUGUAAGAGCAUUUGCUCAUAUUUCUGGCCAUUGGUUCAGACCAUUAUACAGUCCUUAAAAUGAAAAAGAGGUUAUUGGAACUUAAGUUUUCUAUGUAAAUUAGGCUGAUUUUGGGGGUGAAAUUCCAGCUUGGAUUAAAAAUACUAUGGCUCCAAGAGCAAUGGUCGAAGGAUGGGAGGCACUCUCAGCAUUUAGCAAAAAGAACCCUAAAUAAUGA